AUGAACCUCUUGUGCUGUGUUUUCACAGGUCUUUUUGGAGCAACUGAUCCUUACCAUUUGAUCGCUUUCAAAGAAGAUCCUGAUUCCCGGCCACAGCUGGAAGCAGGAGACGAUGUCGUCCCAUCAGUGCUUUUGCCAACUCAAGGCAGACAGAGCCCUGCGCGCUUUAAGCGUGACGCGAAGUCGACACUUUCCGGAGGCACUGGAAGAAGUUCUCAGCUUCAGACUUACUUCUCCGAACUGAAGGAGAUGGCCUUGCUCGUGGAUGUUGACUCGGAGUUCCAGGAUAUCACUGAGGCGCAUGUGAGGUUUCAACGUGAUGAGCAGCCAAGCAACGUCCCUUCUGCGUUGCGAUCCACCAUGCCCAGCUUGCGCAAGCUGGUGAAACCCGCCGAAUGGGAGAAGUUGCGUUCAAAAGCUGUGAAGUUUUCAGAGAGAGGUCUCCUUGAUCCAACCCUUCAACCCCGAGUGCUGAAACACAUGACUUUGCAACUGCCUGGGCAUUCCGGUUGGGUGCUUGCGGAAGAAGCUGCCUUGACGCGAUUUCCCAAUAAGGGAGCCGAACGGAAAGUUUGGCUGCAUUUGAAACGCUUUCGCCCAGAGAAGUCUCCUCGGGGACCCAGCGACGGCGACAUUUUCCCAUCGACCCUACGCUCGAGACAGAGCCGUCAGACCGAUGGACAAGGCACCGAAAACGCCGUCGCGACGGGCGAAAACGCCAGAGAAGUUUGA